ACCGGGGCGGAGGGACAGCGGGGAAGGUCCUGACUGACUCGGACGGUUUCCACGGAGGCAGCCGAUGCCCCUUGCCCGGGUUUGAGGGCUGCGGGAUGCCAGGGCGGCGGGUGGCGGCGGCCGGCUGCGCACCGCGGCUGUGGGGGAGCGCGUCAGUGGAAAUACGGCGGAAAAUUCCCUGUUUAGCAGGUCCCCGCCGCCUUCUCCUUUUAGCUGCCGUUUCCUCACGGGCCGUUCUUGCGUGCCUUCAAGAGCAGCCUUUUCAGUGCAGCCGUGCUACCGCGGUCUAGAAGAAUAAAGGGAAGCUGGAUGGAUGAGAACUAGAAGAAAGCGUACAGCAGUUUGGAAUGGAUUGAUUUAUGAUACAUCUGAUAUGUGAGAGCUACAUUUCAUGUUGCUGUUGUCCAGCUGCUGCUGGAAUACUUCAGCUGACUUCAUUGCAGCAAGCCCAAGUGACAGGUCCUCUCCACUAGCAGAACAUAAGCAAGUGUGAUGCUGAAAUGAGAUGAGGCUCCGAAAUGGAACUGUGGCCACCGUGUUAGUUUUCAUCACUACUUUCCUCAGUUUGUCCUGGUAUACUGCAUGGCAAAAUGGGAAAGGAAGAGCCCUGUGCUCCAUAAUGCUAAAGAACCUCCCCGUCUUGGAUCUGCAAACUUCCUGAUGGCUGUGGAAAUUGAGAAGGAAGAAAAGUUGAUUGCCUACCAGCGGGAGUUUCACGCGUUGAAGGAGCGGCUGCGCAUCGCCGAGCACCGCACGCUGCAGCGCUCCUCCGAGCUCAACGCCAUCCUGGAGCAGUUCCGGAGGGCCGUGGCAGAAACCAAUGGCAGCAAGAAUGCCAUGAAUAAUUUUUCAGAUGAGACGCUGAAAUUGCUAAAAGAGCUAACAAGUAGAAAAUCUCUUCAAGUGCCAAAUAUCUAUUACCAUUUGCCUCAUUUGUUGAAAAAUGAAGGAAGCCUUCAACCUUCUGUGCAGGUUGGCCUUGGAAGGACAGGAGUUUCCAUUGUAAUGGGAAUACCUACAGUGAAAAGAAAAGUCAAGUCUUACCUUACAGAAACUCUCCACUCCCUUAUUGAUAAGCUGUCCCCUGAAGAAAAACUGGACUGUGUUAUGGUUGUCUUUAUAGGAGAGACUGAUCUUGAUUAUGUUAACAGUGUUGUUGCAAGCCUGGAAAGAGAGUUUUCUACAGAGAUCAAUUCUGGCUUGGUGGAAGUAAUAGCUCCUCCUGCAACGUACUAUCCUGACUUGACAAACUUGAAAGAAACAUUUGGAGACUCAAAAGAGAGAGUGAGAUGGAGAACAAAACAAAACUUGGAUUAUUGUUUUCUUAUGAUGUAUGCCCAGAAAAAGGGGGUUUAUUAUAUUCAGCUUGAAGAUGACAUUGUUGUCAAGCAGAAUUAUUUCAGCACAAUAAAAAAUUUUGCACUUCAGCUUGCUUCUGAAGAUUGGAUGAUUCUAGAAUUUUCUCAGCUGGGUUUCAUUGGUAAAAUGUUCCAGUCUCCAGAUAUCACUCUUAUUGUAGAGUUCAUAUUUAUGUUUUAUAAGGAGAAACCUAUUGAUUGGCUCCUGGACCAUAUCCUCUGGGUGAAAGUGUGUAACCCUGAGAAAGAUGCUAAACAUUGUGAUCGACAGAAAUCUAACCUACGGAUACGCUUCAGGCCUUCACUUUUCCAGCAUGUUGGCCUCCACUCUUCUCUAGCAGGGAAGAUCCAGAAACUCACAGAUAAAGACUUCCUGAAACCAUUACUGCAUAAAAUCCAUGUGAAUCCACCUGCAGAGGUUUCGACAUCUUUAAAAGUCUACCAGGGGCAUACGCUAGAAAAAACCUACGUAGGGGAAGAUUUUUUCUGGGCUGUCACACCAGUUGCUGGAGAUUAUAUUCUCUUUAAAUUUGACAAGCCAGUCAAUGUAGAAAGGUACUUAUUCCACAGUGGCAAUCCAGAGCAUCCAGGAGACAUACUUCUAAACACAACUGUAGAAGUUUUGCCUUUUCAGAGUGAAGAACUGGUAUUAAGCAAAGAAACCAAAGACAAACGCUUAGAGGACGGUUACUUCAGGAUAGGGAAGUUUGAAAACGGUGUAGCUGAAGGAACAGUUGACCCCAGCCUAAAUCCUAUUUCAUCAUUCCGGCUUUCCGUGAUACAAAAUUCAGCCGUUUGGGCAAUUCUCAAUGAGAUUCAUAUUAAAAAGAUUACAAACUGAUCAUGGAAAUCUGCUUUAGAAGAAAAAGAAAGAAUUCUUGAAAAUUCUUCCUAUAAAAUCUGACAUCCUUAGCAAGUCACAAAUUGAAAAUACUGAGCAUGCACCUUAUUCCAAAUGUCAUUCUUUUUCACUUGAACUCUACCUCUUGUGAAAUCUACUGUAGAUGAGAAGAUUGUAUUUACCCCUUCUUAUCUGAUCCAUCCAGAAACUGAUGCUCCACACUGAUAACGUUCGACUGAGGCCCAAGUUGUCCUCCACUGUAAUGUGACUUUACCAUCUUAUGGUUGCAGAACCCUGCUACGCUUAACCUGUACUAUUUUGAUAGUAUAGUAAUAUAGAGUUGUACAUAUUGUUACAUUCCUUGAAGAAAGAAAAAUAUAAUUAUUGUUAAAUAAGUUUUAUGAAGGGGGUACUUUCGGAGUUCCAUUUAUUUUCUAUAACAAGAACCCUCUUUUAUAGACUGUCAGGGAUAUAUAUUAAAAAUGCUAGGGAUAUUUAAUUUAUUAAAAUAAUUUGAAAAGUACAUAUUUUUAUGCGGUAAAAUUUUAAAUUGAUAUAGUUUUUUUAUGAAUUCUCUAGUUUAAGUUAUCUUUCUACAUUUUUCUUUGGAGAUGCAAACAUAAAUUAAUACCAUAUUUCAAAUAUACUGCCAUGUUAAAAAGAAAACAAGAUUAAGUUUCUAAAUUAUGUAGUUUUAUACACAGAAUCUGAAUGAUGUUCAGAGGCAUAAACAGAGUUCUGAAGAGCAUUAUUCUUUGGGGCUAUGAAAUUUCACUAUGUACAGUUUGUAGCCACAUGAAAAGCAUGUUGAAAUGUCUUGUUUCAUAUUAUGUACUAAAUCUGCAGUAAUUUUAGAUUUAAUCCAUUGCAUUUUAGAAGAAUUUUUUUUUACUCCAAACCAGUUCUUU